UCCCCCCCCCCUCAGGUUCGCUACGUAGUUCCUCGCCCCAGCCUGGGAGACCGCUGUCUUUGAGCCUACAGAUCAGUGGUUGGUGGUCACUUGAUGAGUCGGAAGAGGCAGCAGCAGAAGUGAAUUCCUGGGGCCCAGGUGCCCGAUUGUAGCUAGAGCAAGAGAAGAGAAGGGAAAUAUAUAUAUAAAACCUGGUCUGAUAAUGGCUUGUCUGAUAUUCUGCAAUGUAUGUUUCCAGAAGCCCCAAGGAGCCACUCUAAAUUUCAGCCUGACCAACUGCGGCCAUGUUAUCUGUGGGCAGUGUCUCCAGAAAGGUAACCUGCCCGGGGUGGCAGGGCCUGGUAGCCUGCUGAUAGCCAAGUGAUACUCAUAGGAGCCUGCUCUUCCCAUUGGCUGGGUUCACACAUUGUGUUAAGCCGUGGUGUGAUUGCUUGCGUUGAACCUGGUUAACUUCGGUUUAUUAAACUGCUUGAUUAAGCUACACUGACUUAUCAGAACAGGUAAAAAAGAAGAGUGUAUGAUUUGCAGAGCUCCAUGUCGUACAAUAGUCCUUUCAAAAAAGGUGAAUUCAGAUAUCCAGUCACUCUUUAUGGGAUUAGAUGGGUUAUGCAGAAAAUAUUCCAAAGAAAUAACACAGAUUGCCCAGUUUCAAGAAAAACACAGAAGACAUCUAUUAACACAUUACAGAGAAAAGAUUACAAAACUGGAAGUGUAUCUUAAGAGAGCAUCACAACAAAUUCAGCAUAUACAACAAUUGCAACAUCGGAUUUCAUCAAAGGAGGUAGAAGUGCCACCUUCAGUAAGGAAAACUGAAACAGUAGCUGGCCCAACAAGGAUAUCACUGAUAAGUCCACCGCAGAAUGGACAUAUGGGUAGUGUUACAUGCAGAAGUUCUCAGUUAUCUGGAAUGACAUUUCAAAGAAACCCAGCAGGAUAUGUAAGAUCAUCUCCAUUAAAAAUGCUCAACAGUGGGAAUUCUUACAUGUCGCCUUUUGUAUCAUCGCAAAACAGUAGAAAUCAUAUUCCAAAUACUAUUGGACAGAAAUCUACUCAGCAUUAUCAGUCCACAUCUGCAUCUUCACUCUCAUCUGGGAUAAAACACCCAAUCACUCUUGUUAACCUUUUACAAAGGCAGCAUUUAGGAGCUACUAAUCUUCCUGGAUAUUCAUUACAAAAAUAAAAUUACCUGCAACCUUCGUUUGAGAGGAAGAACUCAUCUAUUCUAUAUUUUAUUUUUUUAUAGAAAUGUACAAUGCAUACCAUUCUAAUACUUGAUCUGGUUUGAUUAAACACUAUUUGAGAUAAAUCUUUCUUGUUGUUUCUAUUUAUUAU